AUGGACGCCGCCGAGGCGAGGAGCAGCAGCAGCGCGUCUUCCUCCGCGGAGUUCGAGUUCUGGCCACUCCACCCCAACCCCGCCGCCUCGCCCUCCUGCGUCGACGAGCUCUUCGGCGGCGGGGUGCUCCUCCCGCUCCCCGUUCUCCCACCGAAGCCGACGUCUAGGAAAAGCAGUAGUGGCAUCAGCCAAGGUGUGCUCUUCGCGGAACCGGAGCCGCAGCCGGAGCCGGAGCUAGGGGAGGCGUCCCUUCUUGCGACCGUCGCGCCGCCGGCUCGACUCAGCGAGGCGGAGCACGGCCAGCGGGGCGAGGCGGGCUCGAGGCGAGGAGCGCCCAGAGCGGCGCGGCGUGGCGAGGCGGAUUUGGGGAGGAGUGGAGUGGAGGAGGCGGGCCGCCGCGGAAGGAGUUGA